AUGGCUGUUACAGCGUCGACGGAUGUCUUCGGACUGAAGCGAACGGGCGAGUCGUUGCGAGGCAAACAGAACUAUCUAUCACGAGAAUACCGCGCUAUGCAGAAGAGUCUGUCUGAGGCCUCCCAACCGGGGGAACGCCAGCCACGAGUCCGACGCGAAGAAGCUCUGAGAAUAUUUCUGCCGCCUCCUCCCAUCUUCACACCCAGAGUGUCCAGCACAAAGACCCGCAAUUUGCUCCACGCGAUGCAACAGCUGGCAUAUACGGAACGUUGCUGUAUGACAGGAGCCCCGGGAGGUGCAGACCAGAGUCUACCAGGUGAGAUAGAGAUACAGCCGUGGGCGACGGUCAGGAGGGCUAAUGAUUUGAUAGGUUAUACGAUACAAAUGCCACAUACUCUAAGAUCCGACCCCUCACGCUACGUCGCGUACCGCUGGAAGUUUAUACGCCGUGUGGCAGCUGCUUCAAGGGCGUCACAAAAUGCUGCGAUUUGA